CAGGCGCAUGCGUGCGGAGGAUGGACCACAAGCCCCAGAAUCCCCGGCUGCACUAGGCGCAAGCGCAUUGAGAAAGGAGGAAGGAAAAGCGGCGGAAGACUCGUACCGACUGGGGCUCACGUACGAUAGCGGGGGACGCUUGGAGAUCCCGACUCAUCUCCUUUUCCCUGCAGCCCUUCCCCGUCCUUCCCCUGGACCCAGGAUGAACCUGGAACGGGUGUCCAAUGAGGAGAAGCUGAACCUCUGCCGGAAAUACUACCUAGGCGGGUUUGCACUCCUGCCCUUUCUCUGGCUGGUCAACGUUCUGUGGUUCUUUCGAGAGGCCUUCCUGGCCCCAGCCUACGAGGAGCAGGGACAAAUCAAAGGCUACGUCUGGCGUUCAGCCCUAGGGCUGGUCUUUUGGCUCGUGGCACUGACCUCCUGGAUCACCAUCUUCCAGAUCAAUCGAGCCCGCUGGGGAGCCCUGGGCGACUAUCUCUCCUUCACCAUCCCUCUGGGGAUACCCUGAUCGGUCCUCCCCUCCCCUGCCAGCUCAUGGCCAGGCCACCUUCUCACCCUGCCUUGCCUCCAGCACUGGGCCAGUAUGGCUUCCAAAGAUGAAGAUCGAACAUCCUUCAGGUCCCCAGGGCCUUUCGUUUGGCCGGGCUGGCUCCCCAGAACAUCUGUCUCUGACUAAUUUCCUACUUCUUUUCCCACUUCUCCCUGUAGCCUCCACUGAGGCUCCCAAAUAAUAAAAAAGGGAUAUUUCAUGAGUA